UGAAGAUUAGUUUGAGUCUGCAUCUUAUCGCUAGUGCAUCAACGCGCAUUAGAGUGUCACCUGGGCAAAUAUCUGGGGAAAUAUAAAUUUGAAUUUUUUGGCAUCACCCCAACUUCGACUGGCAUCAUUAGAUAGAGUAGUUUGUUGGCGGAUGGGUUAUUCAUGAAACACUUUUCUGUUUGAGACGUACGAAUUCUCAUUCUUUUGUCCAACGAGUUGAGACACGUAAGUGCGAUUAAAUUUUCCCUCCUGAAUUGGUAGUUCCAGUUUUACGAGUUCUCUUAUCAUCAGAGGGCAAUAGCCAUCGUCGAGACAACAUGAGGAAUCGAAAUAAGGAUAGUGUACUGGACGAAGCGGAGUGUCUGGAAAUAGUGAGAAAGAAACUGUUGAAGGAAAAAAUGGAGGAUUAUUCCCUCGUGGAGUACGAGCUGGUCCCUAUGGACGGCUCCACCGGGUUCAUGGGACAGUACUUCACCCUGAAAGCGACCGUUUCUUCUGCAGAUUCACCUCCCGACACCAGGAUCAUCAAUUUUUUCACGAAGAUUCCGCCUCCGGAGGACAGUCCGCAGGGGGAGGUCAAUCAAGAGUUCGGGUCCUUCAAAAAGGAAGUUGCGUUGUACACAGAACUUUUUCCUGAAGUAUUGAGGGGUUUGGACCAGUACAGUAUUCCAGAGUACUUCUUUGGUCUCGACGGGGACGUCAUUGUCCUCGAGGACAUGAUGGCGGAGGGGUACACCAUGAAGAAUAAACUCGAUCCUUUUGAUUUUGAUCACUGCAAGAUUGUCCUGACGACACUCGCGAAAUUUCACGCGAAAUCAAUGAUUUUUGAGGAGUUGUCCGAGAAGAAUUUGCUCGAGGAGUUCCCGCAUUGCAUGCACGAGACUCUGUAUUCUUUCAAAGGAAGGGGUCACCGGGGAUUGCAAGCUGCUGUCGGCGGAGCCCUCGCUAUGAUUGAUUUAUUGGAUAGCCUUGGUGACACUGAGAAGAUCAAGUUCAAGGAGAGGAUCGUCAGUAUGGCGGAGAGUCAUGUGGAGAGGCUCGGACCUUCUAAGAAGUUGAAGAAUGUUCUUUGUCAUGGAGAUCUCUGGGCUAAUAAUCUCUUGUUCAAGUAUGGCGAGGGGGGGACACCUGAUGCUUGCUGUUUGAUUGAUUUUCAGUUAGCAAGGUAUAAUCCCCCAGCCCACGACAUUCUCUGUUUCUUCCAAUUCUCAACAACGAGACAACUCCGAGAAAAACAUGGGCCAGAACUCUUCAAAAUCUACCAUGACCAUUUAUCGAAGACAUUGACCGAUGCUGGUCUGGACCCAGAAAGGAUAUUCCCUCUGAAAGUUUUUCUCGAUUCAAUCGAAGAACUCCGAACCUUCUGCAUGCUGCAUGGCGUUUUAAACACUCCCUUGAUGUUGCUGGAGGCGCAGGCGAUUGGCAAUUUAUUCGAAGGAGAGAGUGAGAACAUAGAUUCUCUUCUUUUCGAUGACAGGAGGCCUUUGGUAUUGGGACAGUUUCACGGGAGACAAAAUUACCGAGAGAGGAUGACCGAAGCGCUCCUUGAACUUCAUGAUAGAUUGCUACGAUGAGUGACAUUGUUAAUCCAGAGGAAUAUCUCUUCUUAUAUUCUCCUCAUCUGUAUAUUGAUCUCUAGGAUAGUAUCUAAAUGAUUAGAAAUUAGGAGUUUAAGUUCAUCGAUAAAAAUUUUGUAACAAAAAAAAAUUUCUCCCUGCCUGCAGCAUUUAUUCAUCCAUUCAGACUCAGGACCAAAGGAAAUGCAAUAAGAAAAGUACUUUAACCCUC